UCGACGUGUUUUGACGAACAACAAAACAAAACAAAACAACCAAGAAAUUUUGUGAUUUUUUUUCAAAAGAAAAAAGAAUUAUUUUACAAACGAAACAAAAAUGAAAAAUCGUUUUACAACAUUAGAUUUGAUUGCAAUAUUACCCGAAAUACGUGAAAAAUUAUGUGGUAAUCGUGUUUAUCAAGUAUAUGAUAUUGAUAAUAAAACAUUUUUAAUUCGAUUUUCACAUCCAUCAAAUGAUAAAACGAUUGAUGAAGAACAUUUAAAACAGAUGCUUAUCCUGGAAUCAGGUAUUCGUUUACAUUUAACUGAAUAUGAUUGGCCAAAAAAUCCAUCACCAUCUGGUUUUACAAUGAAACUACGUAAACAUAUACGAAAUAAACGUCUCGAACAAAUUAAACAAAUUGGUAAUGAUAGAGUUGUUGAUUUACAAUUCGGUACGCUCGAAUAUUCGAAUCAUAUUAUUCUGGAACUUUAUAGUAAAGGAAAUAUUAUUUUAACUGAUAAAGAUUAUUCAAUAUUAAGUUUAUUACGAAUUCAUAAAGAUGAUAAAACAAAUAUAAAUAUUGCCGUACGAGAAAAAUACCCGAUGAAUUUGAAUACCUAUAUUGCUACUGAACAAUCAAUAAUGACCAAAAAUCGUCUACAACAGAUUCUUACCGAAUCAAAAGAACAAAAUUUUAAAAAAUUAUUUAAUCCACAUUUUUUAUAUGGACCAAAUUUAUUGGAACAUUCAUUAAUGAAAAUUAAAAAUACUACCGAUACAAAUCAAAUAAAAGUAACAUUACAAGAUUUAGAUUGGUUAGUAAUGGUAUUUGAUUUGGCUGAAUCAAUUGUCCAAGAAAUUCGUCAAACACAAUCAAAAGGUUAUCUUACAAUAAAAAUUGAAAAAAGAACAAAUUCUGAACUUGAAGAUAUUAAAAUUAAUGAUGAAUUUCAUCCAUAUUUAUUCAGACAAUUGGAAAAUCGUCAUUAUAAUGAAUAUGAAAGUUUUAAUAAAGCUGUUGAUAUAUUUUUUUCCAGUAUGGAAUCACAACGUAUUGAAACAAAAGUUGUACAACAUGAAAAACAAGCAAUGAAAAAAUUAGAAUCAAUAAAAAAAGAUCAUGAAUCACGUUUGGAGAAUUUAGCAAAAUUACAAGAAAUUGAUAAUCAUCGUGCUGCAUUGAUUGAAAAUAAUAUUGAAUUAGUGGAAAAUGCAAUUUCCGUAUUACGUAGUGCAAUAGCAAAUAAAUAUUCAUGGGAUAUGAUUGCUGAAAUGGUAAAAGAUGCACAAGAUAAUCAAGAUCCAAUUGCAACAAAAAUCAAAGGUUUAAAAUUGGAAAAAAAUUGUUUUUCAAUGUUACUUGAUGAUCCAUAUGAAGAUAAUAUUAAUAGUCAACCUAUGGUUGUUGAUAUUGAUAUUGAUUUAACUGCAUAUGCAAAUGCAAGAAAAUAUUAUGAUCAUCGUAAAGAUGCAGCAAAAAAAGAACAAAAAACUUUGGAUCAUACGGAAAAAAUAUAUAAAAAUGUUCAACGUAAAGUUAAACAAGAAUUGAAAGAAACAACAAUUAAAACAACUAUUGUUAUGGCUAAAAAAACAUUAUGGUUUGAAAAAUUUUUCUGGUCAAUUAGUUCGGAAGGUUUUCUAAUUAUAGCUGGUCGUGAUGCACAACAAAAUGAAAUGAUUGUUAAACGUUAUCUAACUAAAAAUGAUCUUUAUGUACAUGCUGAUAUUCAUGGUGCAACAUCGGUUGUAAUAAAAAAUCAUACUGAAAACAUGGAAAUACCACCAAAAACUAUAAAUGAAGCUGCUAAUAUAGCAGUUUGUUAUAGUGCAUCAUGGGAAGCAAAAGUUGUAUCCACUGCAUAUUGGGUUUAUUCGAAUCAGGUACAAAAAACAGCACCAACCGGACAAUAUUUAUCGGUUGGUUCAUUUAUGAUACGUGGUAAAAAAAAUUAUAUACCAUUACAGAAUUUAGUACUUGGUUUUGGAAUUUUGUUUCGUAUCGAUGAACAAAGUUUGGAAAAUCGUCGAAAUAUUGAACAGAAAAAAUCACCAAUGACAAACAACAAUCAAGCGAAAGAAAAUACUAAGGAUGAUGAUGGUGAUGAUGAUAUUGAUUCGGCAUUCCCCGAUACAAAAAUUGAAUAUAAAAAUGUAUUUGAUGAACAAAAUUCAAACAAAACUGCUGCUGAUGAUGAUGAUUAUACAAUUGUUAAUACGGGUGAAAAUUUAAAGAAAAAAGUAAAAAUGUUUUCACAAAAAACAGCUGCUAAACAGAUGAAAAAACGUAAUAAAAUGGAUAAAAAAAAUUUAAAUCAAAAUCAUGAAAAUGUAAAAGAAACUAAUGAAAAUGCAACAGAAACUAAUGAAACGAAAGUUGUUGAAACCGAAGACAACAUUCCAAAUGAUAAUGAUGAUGAUAAUGAUGGUGAUGAAGAUGAGGAUGAUAAGGGCAAAGAAGAAACAACAACAAAUGAAAAUAAUGCUGAUGGUGAAAAUGCUGAAGAUGAUGAUGAUGAUGAUGAUAUUCAAGAAGAAUUAAACAAAUAUAGUUUAGAUAGUAAACGAAUCAUAUCAUCAUUAAUAUCAAAUCCAACUGCGGAUGAUAAUUUAUUAUAUGCAUUACCUGUUUGUGGUCCAUAUUCAGCAAUGCAAUCAUAUAAAUAUAAAGUAAAAAUAAUACCCGGUACAACUAAACGUGGUAAAGCAUCAAAAAAUGCAUUAAUGUUAUUUUUAAAAGAAAAAUCAGCUACUGAUCGUGAAAAAGAUUUAUUAAAAACAUUAAAAGAUCAGGAAAUAUCGAAAAAUAUGCCAGCUAAAGUUAAAAUUGUAGGAAGAAUUAACAAAUGAAUGAAUGAAUUACAAUAUUCAACAAGUCAGGAAUUUUUAUUUUUAUUUU